AAUCUUAAUCCUUUAUAACGCCAUGGCUCGUUUGUCGUUCAAUACAUUAAUCGUCCUAGUAGGACUGCUUGUUUUUGGGAUGUGGGCAUGCGAAGUCACAUCCCGAACUCUAAACGAAGAGAACAUGAUACAAAGGCACGAACAAUGGAUGGCACGCUACGGGCGUGCAUAUAAAGAUGAUUUGGAGAAAGAAACACGUUUCAAGAUAUUCAAGAACAAUGUGGCCUACAUAGAAGCAUUCAACAAUGCUGGCAAUCGCGCCUAUAAGCUUAGUGUUAAUGAGUUUGCGGACCAAACAAAUGAAGAGUUUAAGGCCACUCGUAAUGGAUUCAAGUUCCCAUCCACACCAAGAUCUGGUCAAACCACGCCCUUCAGGUAUGAAAAUGUGACCGCGGUUCCAUCUAGCAUUGAUUGGAGGAAGAAAGGAGCCGUUACCCCGAUCAAGGAUCAAGGCCAAUGCGGAAGCUGUUGGGCGUUUUCAACAAUAGCUGCUACCGAAGGAAUUACAGGAAUCACCACGGGAAAACUGAUUUCACUCUCUGAGCAAGAACUUGUGGACUGUGACAGGAGUGGUGAAGACCAAGGGUGUGAAGGCGGAUACAUGGAUGAUGGGUUUGAUUUUAUAGUAAAAAACAAAGGGAUAAACACGGAGGCUGCAUAUCCUUACGAAGCAGCGGAUGGAACUUGCAAUGCAAAGAAAGAAGGUGUUGCUGCAGCCAAGAUCACGGGACAUGAGGAUGUACCUGCCAACAGCGAGGCGGCACUGUUGAAGGCUGUGGCUAUGCAGCCUGUCUCUGUUGCCAUUGACGCGGGGGAGGCUGACUUCCAGUUUUACUCGAGUGGUGUUUUCAAUGGAACUUGUGGUACUGAACUGGACCAUGGGGUUACAGCUGUUGGGUAUGGAAUUAGCGAUGAUGGCAUCAAGUACUGGCUCGUGAAGAACUCAUGGGGCACGGUUUGGGGUGAAGAAGGAUACAUUAGGAUGCAGAGAGAUGUUGAAGCUAAAGAAGGGUUAUGUGGAAUUGCUAUGAUGGCUUCUUAUCCAACCGCUUGAUACACAGUUGUAUAUAUAUACCCAAAACUAGCACAUUGAUGUUAAAUAUGCUUCCAAUUGUGUCAUGAAAUGUUGGGGACUGUUUGUAAAACUCAGUGUACCUGUAUGUAAAUAGAAGGGUUAUGUGGAAUUUGAUGUAUUUUAUAAAAAAUGUUUACAUGUA